AUGUCCGUCCGCGCAAACAUCACUGGUCCCUUCGCCGAAAUCAUCGUCGGAGCAGGAAGAUCCGCCGUCGUCUUCACCCUUCCGAAAGAGCUGCUCUGCAAAUCGUCCACGUACUUUAAGGCCGCGCUGAACAAUGGCUUCUCCGAAACUACGACGCAACGAAUCGUUUUCGAUGACGAUGAUCCCGACAUUUUCAGGACUUACGCCGUUCGGCUGCUUCAAGAGGAGUUAAAGCGCGAAUGCCUUGAUGAAGUUUCCCAGGUGGAACGACACCUAUUCCAGCUCUACAUCUUCGCAGACAAAAGAGGCAUUCUGGAUCUGGCAAAUGACGUCGUUACCAUGAUGGCUUCUUACUGGGAUCAGGAAGUUAUUAACAUGAGUGUCACUCGAGAUUGCUUGUUGCAUGGAGUCAGAAAGAAUGGAAAGAGUUCGGCAGUCAUUCGCAAGAUGUAA